AUGCCUUUCCUCAAGCCCGCCCCUCGCUCCGCCAAUAUUCGGAUUGAGCGAGUCGUCAAGGCCAAGGUCAACGUCCUGAAGCCCGUUUCAUCCGGAGUGAAGAAGGCCAGCUAUGUCACCAAGUCGUCUCCUUCUGCUGCCGACAAGGGAAAGUCCUCGCCCAAGACUUCCGCCAAGGUCACCAAGAAGACCUCGGACGAGACCAAGGCCACGUCAACCGAGCCCAAGACGCCCAAGCCCAAGACCAAGACCAAGGGCACGAAGACAACCGACAAGGCCUCUGCUGAUCCGGCCCGUAUUCCCAGCAGUACGAAGACCGGCAACCGGGUCAGCAAGCCCAAGCGGACCAAGAAGAGCAAGGAACUUCCCAAGGGCCUAGUCGCAAUCGGCUCCUUUGGCUCCGCGGCGGCAACCCACCGAGCCCAGCUGGGGGCGGGCAAGUCCAACGUCCGCCUCCUGCCCACGGCGCUCCCUCUUCCUCUUCCUCUUCCUUCCAAGGAGAAAGAGGAAGGAAAGGCUAGAGAGGGAGGCGCCAAGGGCAGCGCGGAGCCGAAAAAGACGGAGAAGAAAAAGGUCACCAUUGCUGCGGUUGGCCUUACCACGCCCUCCCCCACGCCCAGCCGUGGCUCAAGCCAGAGCAGGAAGCAGUAA